CAAUUCGGUGGCUCCUGUACGAUAGCGAAAUGGCGUCAUACAGUCCCCCGCUAUCGCUGGUCAUUCUAGGGGCCAUUUUCAUUGGUCUUGGACUGUUGACUUCUUUGGUUAUCAUGCUGGAUAUCUUGUACCGACAGGGCUGGCGAUCGAUGAUGAUAGUCAUGAUCCCUGUCUACGUGCUGAACGCUCUGUACCUUGCGCCCAUUACAGUCUGGACAUACUAUAACUAUGGUCGACCUCCGCCACCUUCGCCAAAACCCGGAUCAAAGGAGGAACAGGCCCACACCCAGGCAGAAAAGGGCUCUGCUAAUGAAGGCGAGGGCGGCAGUCAUGGGGGGAUGCAGCAUAGCCAUUGCCAUAGCGCUGGUUCAUCGAGACCGAUGUUUGCAACCGUCACGGUCGCAGUAUGCCAUUGCGGUGCUGGAUGUCUUCUUGGUGAUAUUGUAGGAGAGUGGCUUGUUUAUGGCACUAAUGCAACCGUCAGUGGACACCACCUAUGGGUCUCAUUCUUAGUUGACUACGGCUUUGCUCUUCUAUUUGGCAUUGUUUUCCAGUAUUUCUCUAUUGCUCCCAUGCCAGGAGAAUAUGGCCCAGUCACGAUCUGGCGCGCAUUGAAGGCAGAUUUUUUGUCUUUGACGUCAUUCCAAGUGGGCCUCUACGGAUGGAUGGCUAUAUAUCAAAUAGCUGUCUGGAACUUUAGUCUUAAGAUGGACAAUGUGGUCUAUUGGUGGAUGAUGCAGGUCGGAAUGUUCUUGGGCCACUGGACGGCAGUACCUACGAACUGGCUACUCAUCAAGUAUAAAGUCAAGGAGCCCUGCGCAUAAGCGUCAGUAGCCGUCUAUUAACUUGAAGGUUCAGAGUAGCACCUUAUCUAGAAUGACACAUAUAAGCUUAGGUAGCCCAUGUAACAACAAUUUCGCC